AUGUUAUACGGAUUGGAAACUGGCUGGAUGUCGCCUAUCACGAGAACGCUACAAUCCGAUCAAUCUCCCAUUGGAGUACCACUAACAGAUAAUGAAGUGUCAUUAGUGGCCAGCAUUAUGUGUGUAUUUGCUGCGCUCAGCGCGCCGUUCUAUUCAUACAUCGCUGAUAUUUAUGGAAGGAAAUUAGCUGUCAUAGCUGUACCUACUUUUGAAACGGUGUCUUGGAUUAUAAGAUUAUCGUUUCCAUCUACUAUGGGUUUGGUGGUAGCACGAGCAUUCGCCGGCCUUGCAUCCGGAGGGUCCUUUAUCGUAGUCCCGAUGUACGUGAAAGAGAUCAGUCAAGAUGACAUCAGAGGACUCUUGGGAUCUAUACUUGUUAUGGCGCAGAACUUAGGCAUACUCUUCAUGUAUAUUAUAGGAGCAUAUCUGGAUUACUUCAUAGUACUUUGGAUUGUACUAUCCCUGAGUAUAUUGACAAUUGUUCUAAUGAUCACGAUGCCUGAAUCACCAAGCUUUCUUAUCAAGAAAGGGAAUGUUGAAGAAGCGACGAAGACCAUCGCCUUCCUCAGAGGUCUUGACGUCGACAACGAAUCAGUUAAAAGAGAAAUCGAUAUAAUGAAAAAGCAACAGCUAUAUUUUGAAUCACUUCCUAAGAUUUCUCUGAUCUCUAUAUUCAAGAACAAGAGCUGGCGGGGUCUGAUCAUCCUGGCCCUUCUCAUAAUCACGGUCCACGCUACCAAUGGCACAUACGCUAUCAUCAACUACGGCUCCAGUAUUCUUGCGUCCAGUGGAGUCCAGUACAGCAUCAGCGCAGAACUGCAGUCCCUGAGCUUUCCUGUUAUGUUGAUUAUUGGCUCUUUAGUGUCCAUGGGUUGUGUUGAACGGUUCGGACGUAAGCCGCUGUUGGUGGGUUGCUUGUUAAUAUCUGCAUGUUCUUUGGGCACUAUGGGCUGUGGCAUGCUUCUACAAGAGAACGGCAUAAGUCCACCUAACUGGUUGCCAGUAUUGGCUAUGGUCUGUGCGAUCUUCGGCUACGCAGCUGGUAUUUCUCCGUUACCUUUCAUCAUCAUGUCAGAAAUGCUCAAUUUCCAGAUCCGUGCUAAAGUAAUGGGAUUAGUGCUUAUGCAUUCUUGGGUUAUGACUUUCUUGCAACUCAUGUUGUACGCACCUAUUUCUGCCGCCCUGGGCAUAUAUACCACCUUCUUCUGCUUCGCUGGUAUCAACAUAAUAGGUUUCUUUGUUAUAAUAAUUUUAUUACCAGAAACAAAAGGGAAGAGCGACGAACAGAUCGAAGAAGAAUUUAGGAAGAAAUAG